AUGAUGACAAGAGAAUCAUUGAGAUUGCUCGAUCUACCAUCGGAUUUGGUAGUUGAGAUACUUUCUAGAAUUCCAGCCAGAUCUCUGAGACAAUUACGCAUUACGUGCAAGCGAUGCAACGCUUUAUUCAAAGAUGAAGAUUUCAUCAAAAAGCACUUGGAGAAAGCAGCAAAGCAGUGUAUGGUCCUCAUGUUGAGUGAUUCAAAGGUUUAUUCAAUGACUGUAGACCACGACGGAGUUUACGACGACAACGUUGUUGGUUCACAAACGUUGCUGAACCUCAAUGAUUUCCAUUAUUCUCAACAAAUUGAGAUAUGUAAAAUAUUUCACUGCAGCGGGUUAUUGUUAUGCCCCACCGGGAACUUUAGACUCGUGGUUUGGAACCCUUGUACUGGGCAAAACAGGUGGAUCCCACACAGUGGUCGUUACAAGGGUAACUCCGAGUUUGUUCUUGGAUACGAAAAUAACAAGUCUUGCCAAACCUAUAAAAUCUUGAGGUACAGCUGGGAUAGGUGUGGCCUAGAACGUCAACUUGUUGACUGUGGAAUAUAUGAUUUUGAGUCUCAUUCGUGGAGGGAUCUAAAUGACGGGGUCCCCAAAAAGUGCACCAUAGUAUCAAAGGCAGUGUCUUUGAAGGGUAAUAUUUAUUGGAUUGCCGAAAAAGAAUAUGAAGAAGAUUUCUUACUCAGUUUUGAUUUUUCAACCGAGAAGUUUAGGUGUUUUUUGUCUAUUCCUUUUCCGAGUAUCGAUGCUUAUUGUGUUCCUACAGCUCUCGCAGUUGUUAGAGAAGAGCGACUAUCAGUAUUAUAUUGCAGCGUUUUCGAUCCACCAAAGAUUGAGAUAUGGAUGGCGACACAUGAUAAGAUUGAUCAGACGAAAGACUUCUCGUGGAACAAGUUUUUAUCAGUGGAACUAGAUGAUAAUAAUCCUCAUCAUAAACGUUUUUCAAGUAGCACAACUUUCUUUAUCGACGAGAAGAAGAAAACGGCCGUGUUGUGCGAUCUGGAAUAUAUACAUAAGUGGAACAGGGACAUGGUAUAUAUUUUUGGAGAGGACAAUGGGUUCAUGAAAAUACCCGUAGGAGAAUAUAAAUGGCUGAUAAUGAGGUCACUUGUUUACAAUUAUGUUCCAAGCUUGGUUCAAAUCCAAUAG